CGCCCGACCAAGAGCCAUGUCCCUGGGCAUCUUCUUCGGCAUCGCCGCCAUGUGCAUAUUCGGUGUCGUCCCCAUCUUCUACAAGGCCCUCGACAAUGUGCCGGUAGUUCAAAUUGCCCUUCACCGCUUCACGUGGACGUUUCCUGAGACCAUGCUCAUCGUGCUUGUCCUUGGCCAAAGCAAAUCGUUUUACAAACAAGCAUUCACCCAGUCCAACUUUAUCCUGUACGGAGGCUCGGCAGCGUCGAUGGGGGCCAGCACGAUCUUGCUCAUCUGGGCCGUCAACGCAGGCUAUCUACUUGAAGUGUCACUCGGCGCAUUCCUCAACCCUGUCACGAUGGCGAUCUUUGGCAUUGGUUUCCUCAAGGAACGGUUGAGUCGGUGGCAAGUGGUGUCCGUCGUGUUGGCCACUAUCGGGGUCGGGAUCUUUACGGUGGCGUACGGCAAAUUCCCGUGGGUGGCCAUUCUCCUCACGAUCGGUGACGGAGUGUACGCUCUCUUCAAGAAGAAGGCUCCCUUGACGCCCCUGCAUGGCCUGGCACUUGAAUCCGGCAUCUUGUUUCCGAUUUGCUUGGUGGGCACGAUCACUCUCGAAGCGCAAGGGACGGGAGUCUUCACCCACGGCCUUGUCCAAACCGAUGUGCUGCUCGUGGCAUCUGGCGUCAUGACGAUCGUCCCUUUGUUACUCUUGGUUGCAGCGAUGCAGAUGACGCCGCUGUACAUCAUGGGUCUCAUUUCCAACAUCGCGCCGACAAUCCAGUUCAUUCUUGGAGUCGUGGUGUACAAAGAACCGUUCUCGACAACCAAGUUGAUCGGCUUCGUCUUCUUAUGGGUGUCCAUGGCGGUGUUUGGCCUCGACAGCUUCUGGGCGUACAAGGCGGCGCUCUCCGAGAAACUCGGCAAAGAGAAUGCGAUUCCCAACGAUGAGCUGUCCCUAGAUGUCGAGACGUGUCACGACGGCAUCGACGGUGCAGCGCACACGUUCAACACAGUGAGCACCCCGACUGCCCAUGAGCGAUAACAGCCUCAAUAAACUCCGAGUACCAAGGCACCUUCUGUCCCUGCAAAACUCUGCCAAACGUCUACCUGCCGACGUUGAUUUCGCUCGUGAAAAGCAGAUGAAUGUCGCAGAGGCCGCACCACGGGAUUUUUCAGUAUAUCAAGGGUGACAGUAUCCAGACGACACAUCGAUAUCUGCUUUAUGGGACCGCGCAGCACAUGAGCCUCGUAUUGGUCGUCUAGCAUGCUGGAGAGAUCUUCAUCUGGCAGUCACAUCCUGUAUAGGUGAUACAACAAGAAGUAGAGCCAUGUGGUCAACCCCUCGAGAAAAUUCAAACUGUCUAAUGUUAAUGAAUCGUGGCAAAAUACA